GAGCCCGGCCACCCGCCCGCCCGCCCGCCACGCUGGAAAACGGGGCGGCAGAGGGAUCCGUCGCACCACAGCGCCAGAGGUGCUUAAGACAGCCCUGACUCUAUUGGUACUCAGUCUGAAUGUGCAAAGGGGAAAGGGGAAAUGCACAGGGUAAACUCUCCCCCUCAGUGAUGCUAUGCACCAGGCACACCCCAGACCAAUGCACAAUCAACUUUAGAAUGAAGGGAGCUGCUUCACCUGCACAUUAGGGCUGGGCAAUAUAUCGAUAUAUCAUCCCAAACAGGUUCAAAGUCCAUAUCAUGAUAAUAGUAUUCAUAAUUUCUGACCUGGCAAUAUAUUGCAAAUCAUGAUGUGUGUUAGGCUGGGCGAUAUAUCAUCCCAAACUGGUUCGAAAUCCAUAUUGUGAUACCAGUUUCAUAAUUUUUUACCUGGCCCAUAUUGCAAAUUAGGGUGGGUAGGUGCUAUGCCACAAUGUUAAAAACCAGCGCUACUGCACACAGGGUUUCCUCAUUGAUGAAGGUUCCCAUUCCCAUGUUGGAAACUCUAUGCACCUAUUAGCGUCAGCUGGGAAGGGCAUUCAAGAGCAUCACUGAGGGUGAAGGGCUCAUCCUGAUGGUUCCCACUUGCCUUUUCACACAUUCGGCUCAAUGUCCGAGGAGUGUUUAAGAGCAAAGUGUAUUAUUAUUAUUAUUAUUAUUAUUUAUAAACCGCCCUAUAUCCAGAGGUCUCAGGACAGUUCACAGAACAAAAUCAAAAUAUAAAACCACAAAAUACAUAAUCAAACGAAAAACAUUAACACCCCCAAGUGUAUAGGAUUGCAACUAUACAGCGAAGCAGAAUAGAGCAAAGCAGAAUGAAGCAAAGUUGUUUUAAGUCCUUCAGCGUAAACCCAGCUGAGAGCAGCAGGACUUGAGGAAUCUAUUAUUACAGAACAAGGAGACCAUAUCCUCACCAGAGAUGCCUCUCAUUUUAUUGUCAUCAAGGAACAAUUUGUGAAGGAGGAGGGGGGAGAAUAACAAUGUGACAUCACAAUCCGAAAGGCCGGAUGGUGGAGAAAAAUGGGACACUUUCCCUGUCCAUUGCAACCAUAGCAUAAAAAAAGUAUUUUAGAGACUUAUGCAUGCUAAGUGAAAUACCGUUAUUAUACUGUAGAUGUUGAAUGUACAGUAUAUAGGGAAAAUAAUUUUAUUGGAAGACGAGGCCUAAAGAUAAAUAUAUAAAUAAAUGUAACAGGAAUAUGUAAGAGUAUGUUCUGACACGUUAAAAGAAUAAGCCACAUACAAGGAGAACAAGAAAAACGAGCCACAGGAAAUUGCACAUUAGGAUAUGCGUGACUCUGCAAUGGAUUCAAUGAAGUUACAGAAGUGUUUUAAGGAAGUGUUUAAUGAGUCAUUCACAAGCAACAGCAUAUUCACCUGCCAGUUGGAUUUGGGCGCUGGUUCCUUUAAAAGACUGGAUUAUAUUUUUAUUUUUACAUUGAUUCAAUACCAUUUUAAUACUGUAUGUUAAUACACCAUGGGAACCUCUUGAGUUAGUCAGCAAGAUGCCAGUUUUAGAAAUAAAUAAAUGAAAUAUUGUUGAAAAGUUGGGAAUCCUCUUAAGCCUUAUUUUUGGAUGUGAGAGCGUUCCCAAAUUCUUUAAUCUGGAAUAAAACAGACUAGGGACUCAGCUACAUUAGUAAAAAACAAAACAAAAAACCAGCGCUUUGAAUACAUUAUAAACAUACAAAACUAGAUGGCAUCGGAGAGCAAAUAAUGUUUCUUUGCAAUUUUACAUAGUGUGUUUUUUUUCUUUUGUCAUAACAAUUUAAUUUCUGAUUUAUUUAUAGUGUUUAUUCCCCUGUAUGUAAAUCCACCAUAGUAUGGGAUGAGGAGAAAUUGCUGGAAAUUGCUGAAAAAUUCUUUUCAGCAUAUGUCAAUUCUUCAUUAAUUCAGUGAACAAAGUCAGUUAACUUGAUGAUACAAUAAUGCAAAUACAGUACUGGGGAUUCUGCUUCCUGUUUUUCGCUACUGGCACAAUCUCAAGAGUGAAAUGAUUUUCCAGGUUUUACCCAAGAUUAAUACAAUAACAGUGUCUAAGGCUGCAGUCCUAUAGUCACCUUCCUAGCAGCACGUCUCAUUCAAUGCACAUGUUGUAGAGCAUAAUUUUGUCGUGAUUACUCACACUUUCACAUGUGUUCAGCCAUAAGUCCAUUCCAUUCUAUGCCCACUUUCGUCUGCAAAUUAAUUGCUUUAGCUUUUAAACACCCGCUGAAAACUUUUCUAUUCCGCCAAGCUUAUCCAGGCAAUAAAGAAUAAUUAUCACCACAAUGUCUGUUUUUAAUUUUUAAUAUGGUUUUGCAAUAUGGUUUUAACUAUCCUUGUUGCCGCCAAAGCGGUACCUAUUAAUCUACUUGCACUUUGGAUGUGCUUUUAAACUGCUAGGUUGGCAGGAGCUGGGACGGAGCAAUGGGAGCUCACCCCGUCGCAGGGAUUCGAACCGCUGAGCUUCCGAUCGACAAGCCCAAGAGGCUCAGUGGUUUAGACCACAGAGCCACCCACAUCCCUUUUUAUGAAAUAGUGGUCUAUAAAUUUUUAAAUAAAUAAAAUAUAAGCAAUAAUUUGUAUUAAAUAUAUAUCAAAUAUGCCUCUCCAAACAAGUUUUUACAUAUUUCAGAAUAUAUUUUAUCCCAAAAUAAACAUUUAAAAAGUUGUUUUCAUAAUUUUUGGGCGAAGAACUAUUACAGUAGAAGUAACCCACAACUUAAGCACAUUUAACUUGGGCACAUUCAGCUUUGCAGGCUGGGGGGGGGGAAGGGAAGAAAAUAAAAAAGGGAAAAAGACUUUAGCGAUCCCACCCACCAUUGUCCCCAAUGUGUUUUGACAAUACCUGGUUUUGGCUUUAGGCACUAUCCCUGGAACAUAACCCCAGCAUAAGUCGAGAGUCACCUGUAUUCAGGAAAAGUACAUUAGCUGAGGGGGUUAGGGACUGGGUCAGUUCAAUUUGCAAUAUGUGAAUUCCUCAAGCAUCCUCAAACUGGUGUUGUGGAAGAAGAAGUGUGCAUGCACAUGAAAGCUCAUACCAAUGACAAACUUAGUUGGUCUCUAAGGUGCUGCUGGAAGGAAAUUUUUAAUGGUGUUGUGGAAGCUAUCCACCCUGGUGUUAUUGAAGCAACUGAAGGUAACGUAAUCCAGGAAACAGUAGCAUGAUCAGAUAUGAGAUUCAUCAAGGAGUGGAGUGGGGCUGGGGACAAGAAAAUGCAACCUUGUGGAUUCCUUAAGAAAAGACACAAGGGCCCCUAUUUUGAUUUCUGGUAGGGCUCUUAACAGCCUCCUGGUGCACAAGCAGUUAGUGAGUCAAGCUUUUUCUGGUAUAGAGAUAGUUUUAAAAAGGAGAAAUUCACCUGUUUAAAAAGUGUUUGGUUCCCCAGCAGCUGUUAGAGGCAAAAUGCACGGGCAGGGGAGAAAUGAACUUAUAAUGAAACCAGGCUAAUGACACUUAGCCUGAGAGCAACAUCAGUACACAUGCUUCUGUUGACAUUGUGUCAUUCAAGCCAAGUUGGAAGUGAGCACUGUCUACCAGUUUAGCUAAGUUCAAGGUGCUGGUGGUAUACAAAGCCCUAUACAGCUUUGGACAAGGAUAUCUAAAAGAUCAUCUUACGCCUUAUAUACCCAAGGAGUUACUCUACUCUGCAGGAGACGGUCUCCUGAAGAUAGCAUCUUAUCAAAAGGUCAACUCUGUAGAAUGGAGAAACUGAGCCUACAUUUUGGAACAUCUUCCCAUGGCGUACCAUGUUUUUAAAUGCCUGUCUGUUUGUGGGUUUUGGUAAAGGGUAUGUCCCCAUGCUUGUACUGUAUUGUGGAAAUGCAAUCGGAAGCAAUCCACAAACGGAACUAGGCUUGCCAUAUGUCAGCUAAUUCCUGGUUUCCGUGUGCAAACAUGGCGUGGGGGGGGGGAGCCAAGAAGUUGCAAAUCACCAUUUUGGGAGGUUUGGGUUUGUACCCAAUUUUGGUGCUUUCCUUAAAAAAAACCUCAUCAAACCUCAUCAACUUUGUCGGCACCCUUAAAAAAGGAAGCUUUGCAGGUGUCUGGAACUUUACUUUUUGAAAUACAGUAGUACCUCAGGUUACGAACGCGAUCCGUUCCGGAUCGCAUUUCGUAACCCGAAAAGGUCGCAAACCGAGCGCUGCUUCUGUGCAUGCGCAAAGCGCGUUUUUCACGCUUUGCGCAUGCGCAAAGCACGCACGCCGCUUCUGCGCAUGCGCGGGACACACGCACGCCGAUAACACUUCCGGGGGUGCGGAGUUCGUAACCCGAACUGUUCGCAACCCGAGCGGUUCGUAAACCGAGGUAUGACUGCACGGCAACCCUAAACCGAAAGAAAUGAGCAGCUACGGUUGCCGUAUUUCAAAAAGUAAAAACCAGGACACCCCAAAAGUUGUUGAGCCUUCUUUUUGGGAAGACCCCACCCCCAACAUGGUUGAGUUGUUGUUGUUUUUCCUGGAAACGCCCAAAAUGGUUGUGCUUUACUUUCUUUCUAGGAAACCCCCGAAAGCUUCUGAGAUUAUUAUUUUUUUAGACCCACCCCCAAAAAGCUGUUGAGCAUUUUUAUUUGCUUUCCCCCUCAAAAGCGCCAUCCCACUCCUAAAAUAAAUAAAAAAAGGCGGGAAGACACCUGGCUUGAGAGCAGUACAUGUGAAAAGGAUCUAGGAGUCUUGGUAGACCACAAACUUGACAUGAGUCAACAGUGUGAUGCAGCAGCUAAAAAAGCCAAUGCAAUUCUGGGCUGCAUCAAUAGGAGUAUAGCAUCUAGAUCUAGGGAAGUAAUAGUACCACUGUAUUCUGCUCUGGUCAGACCUCACCUGGAGUCAUAGCUGCCAAGUUUUCCCUUUUCUCGCGAGGAAGCCUAUUCAGCAUAAGGGAAAAUCCCUUUAAAAAAGGGAUAACUUGGCAGCUAUGCCUGGAGUACUGUGUCCAGUUCUGGGCACCACAGUUCAAGAAGGAUACUGACAAGCUGGAACGUGUCCAGAGGGCAACCAAAAUGGUCAAAGGCCUGGAAACGAUGCCUUAUGAGGAACGGCUUAGAGAGCUGGGUAUGUUUAGCCUGGAGAAGAGAAGGUUAAGGGGUGAUAUGAUAGUCAUGUUGAAAUAUAUAAAAGGAUGUCAUAUAGAGUAGGGAGAAAGGUUGUUUUCUGCUGCUCCAGAGAAACGGACACGGAGCAAUGGAUUCAAACUACAAGAAAGAAGAUUCCACCUAAACAUUAGGAAGAACUUCCUGACAGUAAGAGCUGUUCGGCAGUGGAAUUUGCUACCAAGGAGUGUGGCAUAGCUGCCAAGUUAUCCCUUUUUUAAAGGGAUUUUCCCUUAUGCUGAAUAGGCUUCCUCACGGGAAAAGGGAAAACUUGCAUAGCUGCCAAGUUCUCCCUUUUUUAAAGGGAAAUUCCCUUGUGCUGAAUAGGCUUCCUCGCGAGAAAAGGGAAAACUUGGCAGCUAUGAACUUGGCAGCUAUGGAGUGUGGUGGAGUCUCCUCCUUUGGAGGUCUUUAAGCAGAGGCUUGACAGCCAUGUGUCAAGAAUGCUUUGAUGGUGUUUCCAACUCUAUGAUUCUAUGAAAAUCCGGACGAAGGCCCUUCCCCUCACAAGGCCAACGGAGAGAGCUCGCCCCGCCGCCCCCCACCACCACAACCCGCCGCCUUCUGGAAUGUUCUCGCGCGGAGAAUACCCGGCAUGCCCCGCGCUGCCGCGCUCUUCCCGGCCACGUUUUGGGCCACCGGCUCCCUCUCAGAAGAGCUCGUCGGGCCGGUUUCCCUUUCUUCUUCCUCCUCCUCCUCCUCCUUCCCUCCAGCCUCGCCGGGACUCGCUGUGCGGGUUGAGAAUGGGACGGGCCUUCGCCGGGGCUUUCCCUCCCUUUCUCCUCCUCGGUCGCGAACGGAGACCGGUCCAAACUCGCUCAGUUCAGAAAGUGAAAAUGGGGCAGAAGAAAAAAAGAAGAGCGGGAAAGCAUAUCCUGGGCUGUCACAGACAUCACCAAGUGAUCUUGAAUGUUUUGAAGACCAGAAGAAGGUUAUAACUUCACGGUCAAAGACAAUUGUGGAUAAUACCUUCUUGGCAACAGAUGGCAAGAACAUCUCAAAGCCCGAAAGGAAGAAGAGUGCCUCAAAUCAGUUUAAGGCAAAUGCUCACUUUCACAAGCUGUUUCUGGAUGUCCCAAUUGAUGAACCCUUGAGAAAAAAUUUCACCUGUGCAUUACAAAAAGAAAUAUUGUACCAAGGGAAGCUAUUCAUAUCGGAGAACUGGAUUUGCUUCCAUUCUAAGGUCUUCGGCAAAGACACUAAGAUUAGUAUACCUGUGUUGUCUGUGACACUGAUAAAGAAAACUAAGACCGCCCUUCUAGUGCCAAAUGCCCUGGUCAUAACAACAGUCUCUGAUAGGUACAUUUUUGUGUCCUUUCUGUCCAGAGACACCGCUUACAAACUAUUAAAAUCAGUUUGUCAACAUCUAGAGGAUGAUAGUGUUGGCAACAGUCCCAGUCUUCCUUCUCCAGAAAAUAGCUUCCGGGCAAAUCGCCCGACAACUUUACCACUGGAUUUCAAUGAAGAUUUUUCUGAACUGGAUGGCAUCAUCCAACAGCGCAGACAAGAGAUGGAAGAAUCCAGCAGCACUGGUUCUCAAACUCCAGAACUGGAACCCUUCCAAGAUUACCAUGUUGUUGAGACCCAGACUCAUCUGAAAACCUCCAGAGUGGAGUCAAAGGCUGUCCAUACAGAUGUUAAGGCUAAAUGUUUGUGUGAUGAUAAAAUCAGGAAUCUUCCAAGAAAUGUUCCUCCUCCUAGAAUCCUUGGAGUCCUUUACAGAGUGAAUUACCAGAAGUUUUUGACUGUGAACCACAUACUUAUUCUCUAUGCAAUUCUUGUUUGUGUACUCAUUUGCUCGACUUUCUACAUGAGAUAUAAAAUCUACAUUCUGGAAGAGCAGCUUGGCACCAUGGCUUCCUUUGUGGAUUCACAUACCCAUGCAUAUCCAAUAAAAGAAGGUCUAGGAUCUCAACUGCCUCUUAACAUUGUUGGUCUCUCUGAGGAGCUAACAGCUAAUCUUAUCAAACUGGAAAAGAUCCAAAGCAAUUUACAAAAGCUACUUGAAGAUGGCGAAUGAAUUGCCAGGUACCUUCAUUCGUACUUCGUUUUCUUCCUGAUAAGCAACUCUAAAUGUGACAUCAGACUCUGCAGGCCAGGGUGUUAUGUCCUUCAACUGACUCCAAAAACUUCACUCUCUACUUGACCGUGGAAGUUUGAAUCUGUGCAAUAAAGUGUCUCUAUUCAGAGGAUGAUGCCUUUCUAUUACCUAUAACGUUGUGAAUAACUGGGAAGACUGAUCUUGGUGCUUUGUUAUAUUACUUAAAUCCACAGUAAUUCUAUUUUCAUUGUGUGACUUUCAGACUUAAUAUUGUGUGACUAAGAGUAAUGCUUGGUGCAGAUGUAUCAUUUGCUGUACAAUCAUGUCUGGCAAGUUAUGUGUCUUUCACAUGCAUGUAAUGCCCAGCUUGUUUCACUUUUCUUUUUUUGCCGAAACAGAAAUUGGGCACUUGACCGACGUGUUAAGCAGGACCCAAUGGGCUUCAUUCUGUGAGGUGCUGAGCAAAACACCACUUUGCUCAUGUUCUUCACUGGUAGGAGAUGACACAUUGCGUGCAGACUUGGCAAAUGGCCCUAUUCUGCAUGUAAUUCUGCUGUCAAAGAAAUGUAGCAAUGAGUAAAGUUUUUCUGGAAGAGCGUCCUUUGUUAAUGGGCCACCCCCCAAGUCAGAAUGUUCUUGAAGGCUCAUUAGCAAGGCUAAUUGAAAAGCUGACAACCCUAGUUGCAUAGGGUUGGUCCAGAUGAUGGAUGGGUGCGUUAAACUAGCCCAUAAAUUUUACUGGAGCAGAAAUAUACCAGCAGAGUUUAGCCCAGUUAACUGGUCUGCAGAUACCUAAAUUAAUAAUUGCUUUCAUGUUCUUAAUUUCUAUAUUAGGAUAUCUGACAUCUAAUUACCGUAUUUAUUUUUGAAAAUGCACUUGAAGUACUCCAAAACUGAUGCAGUUCAAUUAAUAGCAUAUCAUAUCAUAUAAGUGGGAUGUCAAACCCUUUGCCCUUAUAGACACAAUGGUGUCUGGAUUGCCCCCAGGUGGAAUAAUUUAUAAACUGGCUAAAGCUGCAGUACUAACUUUUGAGUAAGCACCAGUAAUUUAAAAGGACUCCUGAGUAGGCAUGGUUAAGAUUGUACUGUAAAUUGGCCGACUUGGAUUUCAGUUUAGUCCCAAAUGAAGGGGUGUUGUUGUUUUUUAAUAAAAGAAUCAUAUUGACUCUAGGUACAUGUGUUAUACUAGGUUUGGGGAUUGCAAUCUGUCAUUUAAUUGUGUUGCUUUCAUUCACUCUAUUGGAAGAAUGGCUAGCUAGUGAUUACAAAUUCUCAAAGAUGAUGUGAUGGUGUAUAAAUUCAAUUAUUAUUAUUAAUAAUAAUAAUGGUAACUCCAUGGUAUUUUAAUUUACAAUGGAACCAUUAUUUUUAGUGCUAUGUUGGCAAUUUCUUCUGCAUUUAUUCCAACCAUUUCCCAUCAAUGUGAAAAGGAAUUGCAUUAGGACAUUUCCAAAUGGAUGAAAUAAAUUUUGGUGAACUACUCUUGGGAAGGGUGCAGGGCUUUGGAUGUGCUUACCUUACUUUCAAGGUGUUUGCAAGUGUCUUUCAGUCCGCAAACCAUCUCAACACUAGUUUGCACUUCUGCAGCCUUCCUGGGUGCCUGCGCUUCAAUUAAAGCCCACGAUAAGACACAAAGUAAGUCCUCUCAUGGGACUUUUUCAGAUCAAUAAGUUCAGGCAGCCAGGGAGGGAAGCUGCAGAGUGAUGAAGAAAUGUUCCCUGGGAAUGAAAAAAAUUUCUACAUGCACCACCUUUAAAAUUAGCUCAAAACCCUGUAUUGACUGAAAUUCUAUAGAAAUUUUCAAGUACCCUAAGAAUAGGACAGAAAAACGGAAGCUUCUUUUACAGAGGAAACAAAUUUUUGAGAAACUGAAGGACAGAUAGCAACACAGCAACACUUUUUGCCACUAGAAUAUCCAUAGCCCAUAUUCUGCAUACCACUGUCUUCACGGUGCCUUACCAGUCAGAAACCUGGUAAUUCAUUAGUUUUGGCCAGAUGAGUUGGUUCAUAUUAAUAUUAUUUAAAAUAACUCUGAUCUAUAAAAUACAGAGUUUUGUUUACAUAGUAGAGAGACUACCUUAUCAUUUCUGUGAAAUGUAACUUAUUCAUUUUUAAAAUAAACUUUCUAAAACUGCAGUGUGUGUGUGAGUAUGUAUUCAAGUGUGUCUGACCUGGAAGCUAAUUCUGCACGUGGUUAGCUGAUCACAAUCUGAAUAUGAGACAGAAGGGUGAUAAUGGCUGCAAAACAAAAAAAGCGGCCAACAGGAUCAUAAACUGCUUUAAGAGAACCAUAGUUUCCAAGGAAGGGGUAUAACCUGUUCCACUUAAUUCUGCUCAUGCCAUCUGAAGUACUGUGUCCAGUUCUGGCUGCCGUACUUUAAGAAGCAUAUUGACAAAUAGGAAUGGGUUCAGAGGAGGGCUCCGAGGGUGGUCAGCACUAUGGAAAAUGUUGAAGGCACAGAGAAGGCUUAGCUUGGAGAAGAGAGUGGGAAUAUGUUAGCAGCACUCUCCAAAAACCUAAAGGGCUGUCACAUAGAAGAGGGCAAAGACUUGCCGUCUGCUGCCCCCAAGGACAGGACUAGAUCUACCAGUAAGAGGCUUAAGUUACAGGAGGAUGGAUUUCUACUGAAGCUUAGGAGAAACUUCUUCACGAUAAGAGCAGUUCAUCAAUGGGUCCAGUCACCUAGGGAGGUGAUGAGAUUUCCCUCACAGCAAAGUGUUGAGUAGAGGAUGAAGAGUCAUCUAGGGAUGCUUGAAUUCUGAAUUUCCUGUAUUGAGCAGGGAGUUGGACAAGACCCAAUUCAAAGUGCACAAUUCAAAGUGUUGGUGCUGACCUUUAAAGCCCUAAACGGCCUUGGCCCAGUAUACCUGAAGGAGCGUCUCCAGCCUCAUUGUUCAGCCCAGACACUGAGGUCCAGCACCAAGGGCCUUCUGGCGGUUACUGCGAGAAGCAAAGCUACAGGGAACCAGGUAGAGGGCCUUCUCGGUAGUGGUGCCCUCCCUGUGGAAUGUCCUCCCAUCAGAUGUCAAAGAUAAACAACUACCUGACAUUUAGAAAACAUCUGAAGGCAGCCCUGUUUAGGGAAGUUUUUCAAUGUGUGACAUUUUAAUGUAUUUUAAUCUUUGUUGAAAACCACCCAGAGUGGCUGGGGAAACCCAGCAGGAUGGGUGGAGUACAAAUAAUAAAUUAUAAGACACCCACACCCCAUUCUUCAAUUGUAGCAUUGGGUCAUACGGAGAUAUGAAGUGUAAUAGAGGCCUUGGGUAAUAUUCUACAUGCAAAUAAAGUCAUCUAUGGAUGCCAGGCAAUUUUAUGUAACCAGAGUUAGAUAAAUUGUUUCCGAAGGCAAAUAUUGCAAAUACUGUUACUGGACUACUGGGAUAGCUCAGUCAGUAGAGCAUAAGACUUUUAAUCUCAGGACUGUGGGUUUGAAGCCCACUUUGGGCACAAGAUUACUGCAUUGCCAGGGGUUGGACUAGAUGACCCUCGUGGUUCCUUCCAAUUCUAGGAUUUCUGCUCACAAGCAGCUGUGAGUACACUGGGAUUCUGUGCAAUUGCAGCAAAGGUGUGGAAUGUGGCAUUGGGAGAAAAAUUCAGACUUCUAAAGAUCCCUGCUCUCUCAUUUUUUAAAACCUUGCCAGGACAGGCUUGAGAGUGUGCUGGCAUCACCUGGUAAAAUAACAAGAGUUUUGGACUAUGAAGUUUAAACAGGCUUUCUGAUGCCUGCUGACUCAAUAGUCUCGCUAGUUUCCCCUUCCAUGGCCAUGAGUAAUGCAAAAGACAUGCAAAUCAGCUUAAUGGGGGGCAACUAUGCAGAGCUGUAGAAUUUGGCUCCUCUUGGGACAUAAUUUUUAAGUCUUAAUUUUUUUAAAAAAAUAGGUUGAGUCAUACAAAGGCUGCAGGUGGAGGAGAGUUUGCCUGUGAGCCAUGAUUCUUUUCAUGCUAUUGCCUUCCCAUCCUUGAAACCCAAGAUGCCUUGCACCUGACUGGGUUUUACCAUCCUGAUGCAAGUCACAUGCAAGUCACAUCGUGGAUUUCCAAGGUGUCAUUUUGCUGCUGUUGAGCAAACCAGGGCAGGGUGUAGAAAGUGGCCUUUGUCCUACAUGGCAACAUUCCAGCAAAGGUAAGUCCAGACUGGAGCAAACAUGUUAGGUAAGGAUAUUGUGCAAUGGCAAGAUCUGGACACUGACUUAAUCGUUAUGUAUUUAAGCUUGCAGGUGUGUUGCACUUUAAACAAACUGCAUGAGCCCCAGCAGAAGCAGACAAAAGGCAAGGUAAUAGCGUGUUGACUUGCUACCACCCUAUUUAAACACAACUCUAUAUCUCUCAAUUUCCUUGUAUAAAGGGCAUUGACAAUUCCACUCAUAGAAUCCCACACCUGGAAUACUGGUUCUGGGCAGCACAAUUUAAGGAUGUUGACAAGCUGGAACGUGUGCAGAGGAGGGCAACCAAGAUGAUCAAGGGUCUGAAAACUAAGCCUUAUGAGGAACGGUUGAAGGAGCUGGGUUUUUUGAGCCUGGAAAAGGGGACUGAGAGAAGAUAUGAUAGCCAUCUUCAAAUAUCUCAAGGGCUGUCAUAUGGAGGAGGGAGCAAGCUUGUUUUCUCCUGCUUUGGAGGGUAAGACCAACCAAUGGUUUCAAGUUGCAAGAAAGGAGAUUCAGACUAAACAUCAGGAAGAACUGUUCAGCAGUGGAACAGACUCCCUUGGGAGGUGGUGGACUCACCUUCCUCGGAGGUUUUUAAGCAGAGGUUGGAUGGCCAUCUGUCAUGGAUGCUUUAGCAGAGAUUCCUGCAUUGCAGGGGGUUGGACUAAAUAACGAUAACAAUUUUUUUAUUUGUACCCUGCCCAUCUGACUGGGUUGCCCCAGCGACUGUGGGUGGCUUCUAUCCUCAAUAAAAACACAAGACAUUAAACAUUAAAAAGAAAAACUUCCCUAUACAGGGCCACCUUCAGAUGUCUUCUAAAAGUUCUUUAUCUACUGUAGUUCUUUAUCUCCUUGACAUCUGAUGGAAGGGCAUUCCACAGGGUAGGUGCCACUACUGAGAUGACCCUUGGGGUCCUUUCCAACUACAAUUCUAGGAUCCUAGGUAGUUUGGCCUUUAGACCAAAUGCCGUGGCGAGUGAGGUCCCUGCUGCUUAGUGGAGAGGAUAAGCAGGGCACAGGGAGGGAGCUGUGGUGUAUGGCAGUGGUGCCAACCUAAUGCUCCUGCCAUGAUGGAUUUUACUGAGUUCCCAAUGCCUGGCCCUUCUCUCUCUUGGUAAGCAGCAGCAACCCACUGCGUUGGAAGCUGGGGAAGACAAUAGAACCCUACCCAUGUUCUCUUCUGCAAACAGAACAUGCCUCCUGAAGCCCACCUCGCAAUACAUUUCAUAAACCAAUAUUUUUUUUCCUGGGCCAUAUCUUGGAGGGCAGUCUCAUAAGAAUGAGGUUUUGUUGAUACGGUUUACUGUGGACCACCUUUGUAGUGAUGUAUGGAAGUGAGAGCUGGACCAUGAAGAAGGCUGAUCGCCGAAGAAUUGAUGCUUUUGAAUUAUGGUGCUGGAGGAGACCCUUGAGAGUCCCAUGGACUGCAAGAAGAUCAAACCUAUCCAUUCUGAAGGAAAUCAGCCCUGAGUGCUCACUGGAAGGACAGAUCGUGAAGCUGAGGCUCCAAUACUUUGGCCACCUCAUGAGAAGAGAAGACUCCCUGGAAAAGACCCUGGUGUUGGGAAAGAUGGAGGGCACAAGGAGAAGGGGACGACAGAGGACGAGAUGGUUGGACAGUGUUCUCGAAGCCACGAACAUGAGUUUGACCAAACUGCGGGAGGCAGUGGAAGACAGGAGUGCCUGGCGUGCUAUGGUCCAUGGGGUCACGAAGAGUCGGACACGACUAAACGACUAAACAACAACAACAACCUUUGUAGCUGGAAGUGGAUGCAUCUGAUGGCAGAUUACUUGCAGCAGCCGCACUAAAUACAUGUGACUUGUGGUAGUUGUGCUGGGUUUGUUACUCUCCUUGAAACCUUCCAAAAUGAAAAUAAUUUGCUUAAUCUGCGCCGCCAUAUUAUCUACCAACUACCUAUGACUGCAUUCUGUCCUGCUUUUUCUUCCCGUUCAUGACCAGUAAGAUCUGCCUUUUCUGGCAUUUGCUGUUGUUUUUAUGUAGAUCUCUAUUUCUUUAUUGCCAUUAUUUGCUUAAAAGUCUCAAAGCGGUUCACAGUAUGCAAAAAUCAAUAAGUAACAAGUUAAAACAUCCAAACAGUCACAUCAUCUCAACAGUAGCAGCAGCCAGAACAACAAAAAUAAAAAUUCAGUAUCAGCAGUCUGAAAAUGCUGGGGCUAAACUGAAAUAUCUAGGGCUAUUUGCAGAAGUACCCCAUUGUUGAUGCUCUCCAUUUGGCACUAAUUGGGCAGCACAACUUGGAAACUGAGGUGUUCUAAAACUUUGUUGCAGUCCAGCAUUUUGACCCCAGUCUCUUUUCUGCCAUUUGUAACAUGACAACGCUCCUAACGAAACUCAGAUUCCAAUACUGGGUUUGGCUGCCAAGCUUAAAAAAUUAUACCCUGCUGCCGCACCCACAGAAAUAAUUAAUUGGUAUCACAUAUUUUUACUGCUUACGUACUGGCACUAGCAGGUAACAGCUGUCGGCAUCAUUUGCUCAGGUAAACAUGGACCAAUUAGGUAGGACCUAGAGAUGGAAGCGAGUUACAUGAGCCAUGACUUGGAUUUCGGAAAUGGGUCUGAUGCUGAGCUUCAGUAGCUCUGCAGCAUCUGAAAGCAAUUCCAAUAGAGAUGCAGACUGGGAAAGAGCUCUACUGAAAGGCUUGUUGGAAGGGGAAGGUCUUCGGGAGCUGCUACAAAGGGCAGGUACUGCAACAGUAAAGUCCCAAUUCCUAUAUAUUGCACAGAAUAGACCUGAUAAGAUAGUACCUGAAGAGCACAAUGAUUGAUUGGUGCGAGAUGAUCUUUCAGGCAGGCAAUUGGGGGGGAAGUGGUCAGAAGUGUAAUCUCAUAUUUUCAAUCUGAUCCUUGUAUUUGUGUCUUUUUUAAAAAAAAUUAUUGAGUUUUAUAAAUACAAAAGGUGAAAAAAGUAAAAUAGAAAACACAGGAACACAUACAAAAAAUAAACUGCUAUUUACACAAACAAGGAUCGUACCCACCCCCGUGACUGCCCAUCACCACUGCUUCCCUCCACCCCACCUUCACUUCCGUAUGGUUUAAAUUUAAUACCAAACAUUGCAGUCUUGUGGUUUGUUGCAUUUUGUUCUCUUUAUAAUUUGAUUUAUCAAUAGGUUCUAUUACACUUUAUUUGUGUCUUUUGGGGACGGGGCAAAAAGAUCUAUCUACUGUAGUUAUCUAUGUUUAGGGAAGUUUUUAAUGUUUGAUGUUUUAUUGUGUUUUUAAUAUUCUGUUGGGAGCUGCCCAGAGCGGCUCGGGUAUAAAUAAUAAAUUAUUAUUAUUAUUAUUGUAUUUUUUAUAAAAAAAACUUAUUUUCAUUUCUUUGAAGAAAAAGCUUUGUAAUAAAAUUGGUCCAUUUCUCAGUUUAAAAAAGGUGUUUGUGGGAGGGGAGUCAGAGAGUUGGAAGGGACCCAAGGGUCAUCUAGUUCAACCCCCUGCGAUGC